AUGUCUUGCUACGACCUGUGCUCCACUGCUGUUGGUGGCAUCAACUGCCCCCAGCCCCUUGCUGACAGUGGGAAUGAACUGUGUGUCUGUCAGUGCCCUGACUCUACAACUGUGAUCCAGCCACCUCCAGUCAUCAUCACCUUCCCCGGCCCCAUGCUUAGCUCCUUCCCACAGGAUUCAGUUGUGGGAUCCUCUGGAGCACCUGUCCUUGGGGGCUAUGGGAGCUCCCUUGGCUAUGGGCAUUAUGGCUCCCUGGGCUAUGGGGGUCUGAAUAGCUAUGGGGGCUCCUCCCUGGGUUGUGGGGCUCUGUAUGGCUAUGGGGGCUCUCUGGGUUACAGGGGCCUGUAUGGUUCUGGAUCUUGCAGCCCUUACUCCUACCGGUACAGCAGAUACAGACAGCCAGGCAGCUGUGGGCCCUGCUAA